AUGAAUAUCAAUUAGUUAGAAAUAUAAUAUUUUGGAAAUGUUUGUUCAAGCGAUUAAAAAGAAUAUCCAAUCAAUUCAAUUCCUCAAGACUAUGAUGUAAGAUAAUUUAGUAAAUUAAAAAAAUUUAAUGUCCUAUUUUAUAUUUAUCUAGCUAAAAAAGAUUCAAUAUACUUUUAUUUUGAGUUUAAUAUUAGAAAUACCCAUAUAUAUACCUAUCUUCCAUAAAACUUACAGUACUACAAAAAGAGCAAAACCCAGUUGAUAAAAUAAUUUUAAUAUAAGUUCUUCUUUCAGCUAAAAGAUUUCAUAAACACACGCUAGAUCAAAAUGUAAAAAAUAGAGAGAGUUCAUAAAUUUCAAAUAAGAAAGAAAAAACAGAUCAACUCCAUAGUAAGAAAAAUUAGCCACAAAAAUCAAAUCAAUAGGUAUUAAUGUUUUUUGAAAAUAAUAAAAAAAUCCCUCUAAUAUGAAGAUAAAUAAAGUUAAUUAAUAAAUUGA